AUGUUGCUCCCCAAGGGUGGUGUAACGUGGAAGUCUGCCAAAGCACGGCUGCCUCCAUGGCGGGCUGUUCUGUUCCUGGUCACACGGACCCGUUUUCUGGUCUCAUUGGCCAUCACUGGUCUUGUAGUCCUACUAUGGCGUGGCAUUAGCAAGUCAGCGUCGGAGAUGCAGAGCUUCUACUGCUAUGGCCCUUCAAAAUCGCCGAUGGAGAUGAGCAUCAACGAAAUGGUCGAGUGGACCGCGCACACACAGACCCCUGUCGUCUUCAACCAUCACGCUGCCUACGAAGUGAACUCCUCGAGCAUCAAGACCGUCGACCUCAACCCCAUCAAGUCUACCUCCCAGGCCAUCUCGAAUUCUGAGCGGGUGCUCAUCCUCACCCCUCUGAGAGACGCAUCCGAACAUCUGGUCAACUACUUCGAUCUCCUCUACAAGCUGACGUACCCUCACAACCUCAUUGACCUGGCCUUCCUCGUUGGUGAUUGCAGUGACGACACCAUGGCUGUUCUUACCGCCGAGCUGUCCCGGAUCCAGGACCAGGUGGAUGAGAAGAUUGCUUUCCGUAGCGCGACAAUUGUGCAGAAGGACUUUGGGGCUGAUGUCGAGAUGAACGUCGAGGACAGGCACUCUUUUGCUGCUCAAGGCCCGCGCCGCAAGGCUAUCGGUCGCGCCCGCAACUACCUGCUCUACUCGGCUCUCAAACCUGAUCACUCUUGGGUCUACUGGAGAGAUGUUGACAUCUUCGACAGCCCUGAUAGCAUCAUUGAAGAUUUCAUUGCUCACGACAGGGAUAUUCUGGUUCCAAACAUCUGGUUCCAUCGCUACCGGGAUGGUGUUGAUGUCGAAGGUCGAUUUGACUACAAUUCGUGGAUCGAAUCGGACAAGGGACGCCGGCUUCGGCAGACUCUCGACCCGGAUACUGUUCUGGCUGAAGGCUACAAGGAGUACGACACUGGUCGCACUUACCUGGUUGGCAUGGGUGACUGGAGAAAGAACAAGGAUGAGGAAGUUGAGCUCGACGGUAUUGGCGGUGUCAACAUCCUCGUGAAGGCUGAUGUACACCGGACUGGCAUCAACUUCCCGGCCUACGCUUUCGAGAACCAGGCUGAAACCGAGGGGUUCGCCCGCAUGGCCAAGCGUGCUGGAUACCAGGUGUACGGUCUUCCGAACUAUGUCGUCUGGCACAUUGACACGGAUGAGAAGCCUGGCAACCUCGGAGGCCGCAAGGCAUACUAG